UCUAGCCAGGGCGCUGCCGGCGCGCGCCCCCGACGAGAUAGGGCUGGACCCGCAGGGGCGCGCGCAACCACGCUCCCCGGAGCCCGGCCCCGCCCUACGGGGUCUGCAGCGGGCGUCCCGCGGGGUGGGCUGAUCCCUCCGUUAAUGACCUGUACCUGGGCCGCCUCUGACCCGGGAGGGGCGCAGUGGGAGGAGCGCAGGGGCAAGGGCAAGGGCCUCUGGGGAGCGAGCUGUGGGCUUGCGGCGGGUUAGUGACCGGCGCGCCGGGCCAUCGCCUCUGCCGCGUUGCCGGGGAGGACUAGAAAGUCCGGGCAUGUUAAUGAAAGUGGGACCGAACCUUAAGCUAUUGCUCUCAGUUUGGAAUAUUCUGGGUAAACUGAGCAGACGCCAAAGAACAACCGCCCCUGUGUACCAGGCUCUUCUCCCCACCACCUCUCCCCAGGGGACGUCUGGACACAGGAAAUUUCAGAAGACAUUUUCAAAGCUAAUCAUGAAAACAUUUGUCAUUGGGAUUGGUGGGCAAGGCCUGAUCAGAUGCUAUUUAGGUCCAGGACGGUUUCAUUCUCCAGAUGGCUGCUCCCUCAGUGUGACGUUGGAGAGAAGCUAUCAUUUCUUUGCUGUUACGCCCAGCUUUGGAUAUAUGGAAUGUGGAACCACCUCACUUGGCUGGUGUGGUCAGCUAAAAUGGACCUCCCACCUGUCCCCAAAGUGGAAAGCGAUCAGGGGAAAGGAGACAUUGCAGAGGGAGAGUGUGACAAAUGGUGGGAAGACAACACUGGCAAAAAAAUUGCAAAAACAUCUCCCAAACUGCAGUGUCAUAUCUCAGGAUGAUUUCUUUAAGCCACCAUCUGAGAUAGAGACAGAUAAAAAUGGAUUUCUGCAGUACGAUGUGCUUGAAGCGCUUAACAUGGAAAAAAUGAUGUCCACCAUUUCUUGCUGGAUGCAAAGCCCGAGACACUCUCCGGUAUCAACAGAGAGAAACACUGAGGACGUUCCCGUAUUAAUCAUCGAAGGUUUCCUUCUCUUUAAUUAUAAGCCCCUUGAGUCUAUAUGGAAUAGAAGAUACUUUGUGACCAUUCCAUAUGAAGAAUGUAAGAGGAGGAGGAGCACGAGGGUCUAUGAGCCUCCAGACCCCCCAGGGUACUUUGAUGGCCACGUGUGGCCCAUGUAUCUAAAGCACAGACAAGAAAUAGAGGACAUUGAGUGGGAAAUUGUUUACCUGGAUGGAACAAAAUCUAAAGAGGACCUCUUUUCACAAGUGUAUGAAGAUCUAAGACAAGAACUGGCAAAGCAAAAAUUGUCCUGCAAAGCCAGCCUGGAGGGAUCCUCAGCAUAGCCUGCUGUAACCCGCAAUUCAGGAAGGAGCUAGUGGGGAGGACUUUCAGAUGUUUCAUUUGACUACUCUUUAAGUUUCUCAUAACAUCUCAUAAACCUGCUCAACUAAUUUUCCACUCUAAGCACAUAAAAUCAUAAUUGUGAUAAAGUCAUAAUAAUGAAUGGGAAACAACAAAGACUGAAUUUGAUUAAUAAGAAACACUAAAUGACCGAGGAGAAUAAGGAUAUGAAGUUAUAUAUUUAAUUCCAUCCUUCUUAAAUCCAGACUUUGAAGCGAAAUUGAAUGAUUACCUAUUCUCACUAUAACAAGGCAGUCUAGUCACCAGCAUCAUUCAAACCUCCUUUAAGAAUGUUUACUUUUAUCUCAUGAUAAAAAUAUAUUAAUUAUAAAACAAGUUUUAAUGUAAAAGUAAAAGGAGAAAAAAUAAUCACCUAUAUGUCCACCAGACAGCAAUGUUAACAUCUUAAUGAGUACACAUCCAAUGAUUUUGCUGUUCACAUUCAUCUGUCUUUUAUAUGGUUACAUGAUUUACAUGGUUCAUUGUGAUGCUUGUUUCUUUUUAAAAUUAAUAUCUAAUAUUUAAGAAGCUUUAUAGAAUCCAUUAUAUAAUGAAACUGAAUAAAACUAAAUAGCUCUCCCAGUUUAAGAACUGAAGUCUGAGUUCUGUUUUGCUCAUUGAAAGUGAAUUAUAAGACAACAUAGACAUCUUAGUGCAGAAGAUGUCACAUGUCUAGUUUCAAAUCAUAGAAAUAAGAAAUUGCAAACUAAAAAUAUAAUCAAAUGUUUAUAUUUUUCUUUUUGGCAUUUUUCUACAUUGGAUUUAAAAUAUAUUUUCUAAUUAUAAAGUAAGAGUAGCAUAAUAGUUCAAAUUGAUGUAAGAUUAUUGAGUCAUUUCCCAAUUGUUGGAUAUUUAGUUUUGUACCGGUGUUUCAUAUUGGCAAAUAACAUGCUAUAAAAGAUAUCUAUGAAGAUUGCUGGUUUUCUUCUUUAGUUACAUUAAAAUUUUACAGAAUA